UCUCUUUUUUUUUUUGUCUGAUGCAGAAUCCCAGUAGCUAGGCAGCCUCCCUCUUUUCUUUCCUUCCUUCCUUCCUUCUACUCCUUCGGUAUGUAGGAAGGGAGAGACAUCAAUGGAAAUGCUGAAAUACGCGUAGAUGGACUUUCAAAUGCAUUUUUUCGUGAAAGAGGAAGAUAAAUCCCAGUUGCCAGUGCACUGACUUUUUUGUUGCUGUUGCAUUGCAUGGUAAAAAUGGGGUUCACUCACUCCAGCUAAAUCCUUGGAGCACUGCAGAGAGUUGCUACAGUGAAGGACUUCUCAUAUUUUUUUGCAUCAGAGGAGCUACGUUGAUGUUAACCAUUUUUUUGUAAGAUGGAGAACGAAAUAUUCACACCCCUUUUGGAGCAGUUCAUGUCUAGCCCUCUUGUCACCUGGGUUAAGACAUUUGGACCGUUAGCUGGAGGAAAUGGGACCAACCUGGAAGAAUAUGUGGCGCUAGUGGAUGGCGUGUUUCUGAACGAAGUCAUGCUGCAAAUUAAUCCAAAGUCUGCUAAUCAGAGGAUAAACAAAAAAGUAAACAAUGAUGCAUCAUUAAGGAUUCAAAAUUUGUCUAUUUUGGUGAAACAAAUAAAAACUUACUAUCAGGAGAAUUUGCAGCAAUUGAUCAUGAUGUCUUUGCCAAAUGUGUUAAUAAUUGGCAAAAAUCCUUUUUCUGAGCCAGGUACUGAAGAAAUAAAAAAACUCCUCCUGCUUUUACUUGGUUGUGCAGUUCAGUGUCAGAAAAAAGAAGAAUUUAUUGAAAGAAUACAAAGUCUGGAUUUUGACACUAGAGCAGCUGUUGCAGCCCAUAUUCAAGAGGUAACUCAUAACCAGGAAAAUGUGUUUGAUCUGCAGUGGAUGGAUGUUAUUGUAUUGACACAAGAAUAUGUUGAACCUCUCUUGAAAAAUAUGGCGUUACAUUUAAAAAGACUUAUAGAUGAAAGAGAUGAGCACUCGGAGACUAUCAUAGAACUCUCAGAAGAACGAGACUGUCUCCGUUUUCUACCUCACGCCUCGGCAGCACAAUCACCUUGUGGGUCUCCUGGCAUGAAGCGCACAGAAAGCAGACAGCACCUGUCAGUAGAGCUAGCAGAUGCCAAAGCAAAGAUAAGAAGGCUUAGGCAAGAGCUUGAGGAAAAGACUGAGCAGUUACUUGACUGUAAACAAGAACUUGAACAGAUGGAAGGUGAACUGAAGAGACUUCAGCAAGAGAAUAUGAAUUUACUCUCAGAUGCCCGUUCUGCCAGAGUGUACAGAGAUGAAUUAGAUGCUCUUCGUGAGAAGGCAAUUCGAGUUGACAAGCUUGAAAGUGAAGUCAGCCGGUAUAAAGAGAGGCUGCAUGAUAUUGAAUUCUACAAAGCUAGAGUGGAGGAGUUAAAGGAAGACAAUCAAGUGUUGCUAGAAACAAAGACAAUGUUGGAAGAUCAGUUAGAGGGGACCCGAGCCCGUUCUGAUAAAUUACAUGAGUUAGAAAAAGAGAAUCUACAAUUAAAAGCUAAAUUACAUGAUAUGGAGAUGGAGCGUGAUAUGGACAGAAAGAAGAUUGAGGAACUCAUGGAGGAAAAUAUGACUCUAGAAAUGGCUCAGAAACAAAGUAUGGAUGAAUCAUUGCAUCUUGGCUGGGAACUUGAACAAAUAAAUAGGACUACUGAAAUUUCUGAAGUGCCACAGAAAUCACUUGGUCAUGAGGUAAAUGAACUGACAUCAAGCAGAUUACUGAAGUUGGAAAUGGAAAACCAAAGUUUGCUGAAGACAGUGGAAGAACUACAGAGUGCAGUGGGUUCUGUAGAAGGCAGUACUUCAAGGAUUCUGAAAAUGGAAAAAGAAAACCAAAGACUUAGCAAAAAGCUUGAAGAGCUAGAGAAUGAAAUCAGCCAAGAAAAACAAAGUCUUCAGAACAGUCAAAAUUUGAGUAAAGAUUUGACGAAAGAAAAAGCACAACUCGAAAAGACACUUGAAGCACUUAGAGAAAACUCAGAGCGACAAAUUAAGCUAUUAGAACAAGAAAAUGAACAUUUGAAUCAAACUGUAGCUUCUCUAAGACAACGCUCCCAAAUCAGUGCUGAAGCGAGAAUGAAAGAAAUUGAAAAGGAAAAUAAAAUCCUUCAUGAAUCUAUUAAAGAGACCAGCAGUAAGUUAAAUAAGAUUGAAUUUGAAAAAAAGCAAGUCAGGAAAGAACUGGAACACUAUAAAGAGAAAGGGGAGAGAGCAGAAGAACUUGAAAAUGAGCUGCAUCAUCUGGAGAAGGAAAAUGAAUUAUUACAGAAAAAAAUUACUAACUUAAAAAUUACUUGUGAGAAGAUUGAGGCCUUAGAACAAGAAAACUCAGAUCUGGAAAUGGAAAACAGAAAACUGAAAAAAACUUUGGAUAGUCUAAAAAAUCUCACUUUUCAGUUAGAAUCCUUAGAAAAGGAGAAUUCACAGCUUGAUGAAGAAAAUUUGGAGUUAAGAAGAACAAUCGAAUCCUUGAAGUGUACAGGCAUUAAAGUGGCACAGUUGCAAUUAGAAAAUAAGGAACUGGAGAGUGAAAAAGAUCAACUUAAAAAAAGCCUUGAACUCAUGAAAGCCUCAUUUAAGAAGACUGAACGCUUGGAAGUCAGCUACCAAGGCCUAGACACAGAAAACCAAAGGCUACAGAAAGCCCUUGAAAACAGCAAUAAGAAGAUUCAGCAAUUAGAAAGUGAAUUACAAGAUUUAGAGUCUGAAAAUCAGACUCUGCAAAAGAACUUAGAGGAGUUAAAAAUAUCUAGUAAGCGCCUAGAGCAGUUGGAAAAGGAGAAUAAGUUGUUAGAACAAGAGACUUCUCAGCUGGAAAAAGAUAAGAAACAGCUAGAAAAAGAAAAUAAAAGGCUUCGACAACAAGCAGAAAUUAAAGAUAGUACUUUAGAAGAAAACAAUGUAAAAAUUAGUAAUCUGGAAAAGGAAAAUAAAUCUCUAUUUAAAGAAAUAGUUGUAUAUAAAGAGUCAUGUGUACGCCUCAAAGAACUGGAAAAAGAAAAUAAAGAACUCGUAAAAAGAGCUACCAUCGAUAAGAAAACCCUUGUCACUUUACGAGAGGACUUAGUGAGUGAAAAAUUGAAGACUCAACAAAUGAACAAUGAUCUAGAAAAACUUGCCCAUGAACUUGAAAAAAUAGGCUUGAACAAGGAGCGUCUCUUGCAUGAUGAACAGAGCAGUGAUGACAGUAGGUACAAGCUUUUGGAGUCAAAAUUAGAAUCCACACUUAAGAAGUCUCUUGAAAUAAAAGAAGAAAAAAUUGCUGCUUUGGAGGCUCGUUUAGAAGAAUCUACAAAUUUAAACCAGCAACUUCGUCAGGAACUUAAAACAGUGAAAAAGAACUAUGAAGCUCUCAAGCAAAGACAAGAAGAGGAAAGGAUGGUUCAGAAUUCUCCUCCAAGAAGUGGAGAAGACAACCAAGCUGUCAAUAAGUGGGAGAAAGAAAAUCAGGAAACUACUAGAGAAUUAUUGAAAGUUAAAGAUAGAUUAAUUGAAGUGGAAAGGAAUAAUGCUACGCUGCAGGCAGAAAAGCAAGCACUAAAGACACAAUUAAAGCAACUUGAGACACAGAAUAGCAAUCUGCAGGCUCAGAUUCUUGCACUUCAGAGACAGACUGUUUCUCUACAGGAACAAAAUACAACUCUACAAACUCAGAAUGCCAAGCUGCAGGUUGAAAAUUCCACCCUUAAUUCUCAAAGCACAUCUCUUAUGAAUCAGAAUGCACAACUGUUGAUCCAGCAGUCUGCUUUGGAAAGUGAGAAUGAAUGUGUGCUCAAGGAACGCGAGGACCUGAAAUCAUUGUAUGAUUCGCUUCUCAAAGAUCAUGAGAAGCUGGAACAUCUGCAUGAACGCCAAGCUUCUGAGUAUGAAUCUCUGAUUGCUAAGCAUGGAAGUCUUAAAUCUGCACACAAAAACCUGGAGGUGGAGCAUAAGGACUUAGAAGAUAGGUACAAUCAGUUGCUGAAACAGAAAGUGCAGCUGGAAGAAUUGGAGAAAGUACUCAAGGUAGAACAGGAGAAAAUGCUUCAACAAAAUGAAAAACACGAAACUGUAGCAGCAGAGUGUAAAAAACUUCGUGAUGAAAAUGAAAGGCUUACUCAUACAUACAGUCAGCUCUUGAGAGAGAAUGAAGUUCUCCAAACUGAUCAUAAGAAUUUGAAAACAUUAUUGAACAAUUCCAAACUAGAACAAACACGAUUAGAAGCUGAGUUUUCUAAACUCAAAGAACAGUACCAACAACUGGAUAUUACAUCGACCAAACUAAAUAAUCAGUGUGAGCUGCUUAGCCAGCUUAAAGGAAAUCUGGAGGAGGAAAACAGACAUCUACUAGAUCAAAUUCAGACAUUAAUGCUACAGAAUAGAACAUUACUUGAGCAGAAUAUGGAAAGCAAGGAUCUCUUCCAUGUAGAGCAAAGGCAGUACAUUGACAAGCUAAAUGAAUUAAGGCGACAGAAGGAGAAAUUGGAGGAGAAGAUAAUGGAUCAGUACAAAUUUUAUGAACCAUCUCCACCAAGAAGAAGGGGUAACUGGAUUACUCUGAAAAUGAGGAAGCUGAUCAAAUCUAAGAAGGAUGUUAAUCGAGAACGCCUGAAGUCUGUGACCCUUACGCCCACCCGUUCAGAAUCCAGUGAAGGAUUUCUUCAGCUGCCCCACCAGGACAGUCAAGAUAGUUCCUCUGUGGGCUCAAACUCUCUGGAAGAUGGCCAGACCUUGGGGACCAAAAAGAGUAGUAUGGUUGCACUGAAAAGACUGCCCUUUUUGAGGAACAGACCGAAGGAAAAAGACAAAAUGAAGGCCUUCUACCGUCGCUCCAUGUCCAUGAAUGACCUGGUGCAGUCCAUGGUCCUAGCAGGAGGACAAUGGACAGGUAGUUCUGAGCAUCUGGAGGGUCCUGAUGAUAUAUCUACGGGUAAAAGGAGGAAGGAAUUGGGAGCUAUGGCCUUCUCUACUACAGCUAUCAACUUUGCAGCUGUCAACUCUUCUACAGGCUUCAGAUCCAAGCAGUUGCUAAAUAAUAAAGAUACUACAUCCUUUGAAGAUGUAAGUCCACAAGGUAUUAGUGAUGAUUCUAGUACAGGAUCAAGAGUUCAUGGAGUGCAGGACAUUAUCUGUGCAGAUGCUCUUGCUCCUCCUGUUCGUGGCAUUUCAACAAUGUGCAAGGUUCCUUGUCAAAUCUGUUUGCCCUUUUCUAAAGUGUCCUCUUGGACUGCCUGGAAAUCCCUUCGCUUUCUGAUCUCUUCCAGACCAGCCAGCCUUGAUAGUGGCAGAACAUCCACUAGCAAUAGCAAUAACAAUGCUUCACUCCAUGAAGUCAAAGCAGGUGCAGUUAACAAUCAAAGCAGGCCGCAGAGUCACAGCAGCGGGGAGUUUAGUCUGCUGCAUGAACAUGAGGCUUGGUCUAGCAGCAGCAGCAGUCCCAUUCAGUAUCUGAAAGGGCAUACACGGUCCAGUCCUGUGCUCCAGCAAAGAACGCCAGAAACGCUGGAUACUCAUGGAAAACACAUCAAAAGUGGUUCUCCUGGAAGUGAAGUUGUUACCCUGCAACAGUUUUUAGAAGAAAGCAACAAGAGUACCUCAAGCGAGAUGAAAUCUGCAAGUGAAGAGAAUCUUUUAGAUGAAGUCAUGAAAAGCUUAUCUGAGUCUGUGGAGCUGACAGGAAGGGAAAAGCUAAGAAAACAGCCAUCUGCCAGUUGUGGUAUUGUGAGAUCCUUAAGUGUGAAAAAUACAGUUGAUUUCUCAGAUGGACGAUCUGUUAAACCAGAACAACUUGUAAGGCCUAGCCUUCGUAAAACUGAAGAUACCUACUUUACUAGCUCUCCAAUAAAAUUUACAUCGGGCACUCAAGGGAAGGUCAAAUCUGUUAAAGAAAAGAUACAGGCAACUGUAUCACAGCGACAAUCAAGAGAUUGCAAUCCUUAUGCUACCUUACCUCGUGCAAGCAGCGUGAUUUCUACGGCGGAAGGAACUACUCGGAGGACAAGCAUCCAUGAUUUUUUGUCUAAGGACAGUAGGCAACCUGUAUCAGUUGAUCCAGCACCACCCACCGCUGACAGAAGUGUUCCAGCAGCCUCUAGUGAGUACUCAGCACACCAGUUACCCUCUAAUUUUUGUCACUGUCUGGCUUACAGAGUAGAUUAUGUACCACAAAGCAAUGCAGCUAAGGCAGUUAAACCACAUCAUCUAGGCAGUAACUCUGAUGGGCCUAAGACCUCAAGGAUGGAAAGGUCAGAUUUUCGUGAGAGAACUUUGCUAAGCACGAGUGUGUGGAAUGAUAAAGUCAGUGUAUCUGGUAAUGACAGCACAGGGUCAUUUACUGUGGCUCAGCCAUUUUUAUCCCUUAACACCGAAUUAGUUAGUAAUAUAAGUGGAUUGCCUCCAAGAUCUACAUCCAGAACAACUGAUCAGGCAAAUCUGUCAGCAUUUAGAUCAGUACCGAAAAGCCAGGAACAGCCUUCUGCUAAUCAGAGAUCUGAUUGUAGUGACCUACGGGCAGUUCUAACUAGUGAAUUCAGUCCUGCCAUCUCUGCGAACACCAGUGAGGCUGAAGCCCCACUGCUGGUUUCUGAAGAUAAUCAAACUGUCUGGUACGAGUAUGGUUGUGUAUAAGGAAGUUGUAUUGUUAAAUAUAUAUCUACACAUAUAGCCUAACGUGACAUGUAAGUGUUCUUCUCAGUGUCUGCUGGGUUUAGCGAAAACUUCACUACAAAGAAAAAAUAAUUCCGUGUUAGAUCUGCGGCUUGUGGCUUUCUGAGAACAAAGACAUACGGCUCAGUCGUUUACUCUAGCAUGUCUGAAUGUAAAAUUGUAACCUCACCAAAGUUUGCAUGAAACAUUAAUUGCACUGUAUAUAUUUUGCAUGCCUUUAAAAGUCUUUACAAUGCAAGCUAUUAUUUUCACUUGUCAUGCAUUACAGUUAUUUUGGGGUUUUUGCUGUACAUUACUGAAUGCAUGUUAAACCAGUUGCAUGCUGCAUUGCCAGAAACAGCAUGCUCCACAACAUCAUUUCUGGUGCAAAGACAGUAUUUUUCAGUUGUGCUCAUGCUUUCAGAUGUGUCAGUAACACACUGAUUAUGGACUUGGGGUAAAAAUACUUUUUUUCACCUGUUCUUUCACAAACAUGAUACUAAAGAAAAGAAGCAUUUAGUGAGAUGUCAGUGUCUUGCCCUUGUCAUUUAUGCCAUGUCCUGCCAUAAAUGCACUUUGCACAAGGAACAACUUAGAGCCCAAUAAUUCAGUGCCUCUAGCUUGCACAAUAAAUUUAAACUACUGUUCAUGUUUAUUAAAAUACUUGAAAAUAAAUACAAAGACCAUUCAUAAUCCUUAACAUAAAUGAUAAUUCUUAUGCAGAGGUAGUAAGUAGUCACAUGAUGUGCAGCACUUGUAAUGAAAAAAUGACCCUUUCCACCUUUUCCCUUUUGUAUGCUUUCUCUUUCCACGUCUGGUGUACAAAUCUGGUGAAGUGUAUGGUUUUAUUAGGAGUCAAAUAACAGAGUUACAAGAGACUCCUUGUGAUGUAUGGUAAUAAAAACCUGUAUUGAUUAUGGUGGAAAUUCAUUUUUUCUUCUUAAUAGAAGUAACAUUAAUAUAAUAGAAAACAAGAUGUGUAACAAAAAUAACAGGAAAAUGUUAAAUUAACACACUAAGACAAAACAAAAAAUAACAAAAACUUGCUUGCAAACUUAUAGGAAUGCUUAAGCCAGUAACUCAUAAAAUUCCAGGUGAUCAAAGAGGAAUGUUGAAAAGUUAUUACUUAAUAUACCACAGGCUCUGCAAUUGCUUGAAGCUUCUUAAUCAUAAAUGUAAACAGAGUUUAAAAGUUUAUCUUAACUUAAACUACAGUUACAUGAGGCUUUAGAUGUUAGCGAUUUUUUGCACGAGAAAAUAGAUACUGACACUGUAGGCCAAAAUGACAUAUGCUAUAAAAAACCUGAAUAAAAGUACAUCUAGAGGAAAAUAUAUUUAGAAUUGAAAUUAAAUAUUAAAAAUAAUGGAUGUCAGAUUCUGACUUUUACAGUUGAAUUGACUUUGAUAGCAGUUUGGUGUUAGUGAUGGUGCUGCUGUGUGGGGUGCAGUUCAGUCCUUUAGUGUCGAAGUGGGAAGGGGUAGAGGUGCUGCAGGCACACAGCCCCUUCUGGGAGGAGUAGGUCACUCUGGCAGGGCUCCAUUUCACACAGGAGAGUUGGUAAUAAGUGCAGGGAUAGCUCCUUCCAGAGCUCCAGCUACAGCUCAAGGUGGAUGUUUCAGAGACGUUCUGUGGAGGGUAAAAUUACUGUUUCAAAAUGCAAAGCAGCCAUCCUUUAGCAUGUCUGCAGGCAUCCCUUAGGUUGGGACUGAUAAAUUGCUCCCUUCUCUUCAAGGUUGUUCACAGCCUGUUGUUAGUUAGUGCUGUAUCCCUGCUGGAAUUUGUCUCAUUUGGAAAAAAAAUCCAAAUGUGAAAUAGAAUCUUAAUUUCACCAGCGUUUACUCGCCCACAGUGAGGUCAGUGUUCUGAUUGUGGGUCAUGGCGUUGGGCUUCAUUUCUGUUCAUCUGUAGAUGUGUUUGAAUUAGCUUUGAGUUGAACAGUGCUGUUAGCUGAUGUGCAUAAUACAUUUUUCAAGUUAUUUAAGGAAUUAGAGAGAAAAUCUUCGUAGCUCUGAUAGUACUUAUUAUGAACUCACCCUGUGCUACCAGUAUCUGUAUUUUUCUUAACUGAUUGCAAGCCUGUGUCCUGCAGUGAGACUGUUUGUUAUGAGCAGAACAAGGUUUGUUGCUAGAGGUAGUAUCUUCUGUUUAGAUCACCUGCUCUUGCUGGAGAGAUGGGAUAAGCUUUCAGGCACGCUGUUAUCUCAUUUGCCAGCCUUGUCUUGAUUAUGUCCUUAGACUGUCACAGCAACAGAAAAUACCAGCAUUAUCUCUAGCUAUGUUUAUUAUGAGCUCUCCAGCAUGACCACUGAACCCUGAUUGUAAUCGUGAGCAAGGCCAAUGCCUAAAAAUAAAUUUUAAAGGUUAAGCCUGUGGGGUGAAGUUAAAGCUCACUAUCAAGGCAAUGAAGUACAUUUUUUUCCAGCCACUGCCCGUGGGGCACUUCAGUUGGCAUUGUUUCAUUUCUUUUCACAGCACUGAGCUUUCACAUACAAACCAAAUCUGACAGUGAAUAUUUAUGUCUGAUAUUUAAUGCCUGUUUAGCUUGUGUUUUACUUCACUCCUUUGGGGCGGGGGGACAACAGCAUUAAAACAGCCUCUCUCUUAAGCACGAAGGGCUUCAGAAUAACAGAGUGUGUUAGUGUCUUUGAACACUAGUGUCUCAGAUCCUAGAUCUAGACUAACCUUGUCCAGCUCAAGCUACAAUUUUGCAUGGCUUUGUACAUUUGUAAGGAAUUGCAUUUUGAGUUACGAGGAUAAUAACUUCUUGUGCUCCUGGUUUUGCUCCAUUGAGUUCAGGUAAUGCAGUGGCAGCGUGCUGCUAGUGACUUUUUCACUUGACUGAAAAAUGAGUUGUCAACAUUUGUUUCUUACACAUAAAAGACAAUAAAUGUUUUCAUGUACAAAAGGAAUUUUUUUUUUUUCUCCACUUUUUGGUCUUUACCCUUUAACAAUAGAUACAUAAUGGAUGACUCUUUCUGUAUGUGCUCAACUGGUGACAGGAUCCAUGAAGUUCCUUCCAGACCCAGUCACUACCACUCCCGGGCCAUUCAGAUGCACUUUGCUUAUGCCUUGGUCCCUGCUGCCUUUAAAAAAAUGAUAAAUUAGGGCUUUGCAUGGUAAUUAUAAAUACUGAAUAUGUGGCUGCCAGCCAAAAAAGGUUUUGUUGUUCAGGCUCAAUAAUUUGCUUGCAGUUCAAGGCUUGCUUGAUGCUUUGCUUGAAGUGAACAGUAAAUGGAGAUUCUGCAUUUUGCACGUUCAAGCUGUUGCAUGCAAGAUCCUUUUCUGUUUUGCAGAACUGAAUGUGAACGUUUCUGUCUGUGUAGCAGGUAAAAAUGCAAAGAUGAGUUAAGUUCUGUGCUAGGUUCAUUCAGUCAUGAUUACAUCUGAUUUUUUUUUUUCUUUUCACACAGGCAGAAAUUUAGGAUUAGUGUCUCUAAAAGUUAAGUCUGUCUGAUUGUGGCUUUGAAAGUAAUACCUGGUUAUUCUAAAUGCUAAGAUGAAUUUUAACGAGUGUAGUUGAAUAGGCACUUCUAGUGGGUUUCUUCCAUCCCUCUCCUCUGUCCUUUCCUCUAAAUAUAUAAAAAAGUGUUUAUUAUAUCCUUUUGCUCUACUAAUAAGUAGAAUGUGUGUUAAUGCAUGAGGGGUUUUUUUUCAUGUCCUGAUGAACACAAUGAAUAACAUGAAAUGCU